GCCGGUUGGCAUUUUUUAACACACAGUGACACCACAUCUUCUCACACUGAACACACACAAACUUUUUGCACUACUAUAUUCGUGUUUAACCGGACUCGACAUGUUCUGGAUCACCGUGCGAGCCACGUGCUGCGUUCUGCUGGUGCUGCUUCACGGCUUCACUUCCACAGUCACAGGUGAAAGAGCAGCAUGUGAGCCUGAGCGGUUUUUGUGUGGAAAUGGGAGAUGUAUCACCAGGAGGUGGAUAUGUGAUGGGCAUGACGACUGCAAUGAUGGAACGGAUGAGCUGCCUGCAUCUUGUGUGUCUAAGAUCUGUCUGGCAUCAGAAUUCAGCUGUGGUGCUCCUGACUACCAGUGUGUUUUAGCCAGCCGUCUCUGUGAUGGCACAACAGAUUGUCGUAAUGGAGCUGAUGAAAAAAACUGCAGUCAGUUCCGCUCAUGCACGAGUGGCGAGUUCCAAUGCACCAGCGGCCAGUGUAUAUCAGCUAGCUUUGUUUGUGAUGAAGACGACGACUGUCCUGACGGCUCAGAUGAAGCUUCGUGUUCCAAACCUACUUGCAGUUCUAACUUUUUCCAGUGUAACAACACAAAAUGUGUUUCAAGGCUGUGGCUCUGCGACGGAGACAGGGACUGUACCGAUGGCUCGGAUGAGUGGGCAGAGAACUGUAUUGGACGUCAUCCAGCGAGAACACCAAGGCCCUGUAGCAUCCAUGAAUUCCACUGUGGGAGUGGGGAGUGCAUCCACAGCAGGUGGCAAUGUGACGGGGGCUUUGACUGCCGUGAUCAAUCAGACGAAGUCAACUGCAGUCAACCUACAUGUAGCUCAGAUCAGUUCAGGUGUACUGAUGGCACCUGUAUCCACAGUAGCCACCGGUGUGACAAGGAGUACGACUGCAAGGACGGCAGUGACGAGGACGGCUGCCAGGAAGAAUGUGAAGGCCCCGACAAGUUCAAGUGUAAAAAUGGGCAGUGCAUCAGCAUGGACAAGGUGUGCAACAACGUCCCAGACUGCAAGGACUUCUCAGAUGAACCGCUGAAGGAGUGUGGCCUUAAUGAGUGUUUGGUUGAAAAUGGUGGCUGCUCUGACACAUGCACGGAUCUGAAGAUUGGUAUCAACUGCUCCUGCCCUCCUGGAUUCAGCCUGAAAGACGACAAGAAAACCUGUGAAGACAUUAAUGAAUGCCUGAAUCCGGACAUUUGUAAUCAGGUCUGUAUCAACCUAAACGGCACCUACAAGUGUGAAUGCGAGGAGGGAUACACGUUGGACCUUGUCAGCGAGGCAUGCAAGGCUAAAUUAGAUUCUGUCCCCUUUCUAUACUUCACCAAUAGACAUGAGGUGAGGAAGAUGCCUGUGGAUCGUAGUGAUUAUGGCGCCCUGAUCCAAGGGCUGAAGAAUGCAGUGGCUCUAGGCUUAGACAUACCUAACAAGAUGAUCUUCUGGUCAGAUCUUGCCUUGAAGAAAAUCUACAGUUCCAAGGUUGACACAGCUGGUAAUUCCUCUCAACACACUGUCGUGAUCGGCAGUGAAAUUGAGGCUCCUGAAGGAAUUGCAGUUGACUGGAUCCAUGGACACAUCUACUGGACUGACAGCAUCCUGAAGACCAUCUCUGUUGCAACUACAGAUGGUAGUAAAAGAAAGACCCUGAUCACAGAGAACCUGCAGAAGCCACGUGCCAUCACAAUAGAUCCAGUUAAAAACUUCAUGUACUGGACUGACUGGGGUGAAGACGCCAAGAUUGAGAAAUGUGGUUUGAAUGGAGCUAACCGUGUCGCCUUGGUAACGGAUAACAUUGUCUGGCCCAAUGGCCUCACUUUAGAUUUGGUUAGCCAGCGCCUCUACUGGGUUGACUCCAAGAUGCACACGCUGUCUAGUGUCGACGUGAAUGGAGGGAUGCGACAUACUGUCAUUUCCCAUGAAGAAAAGCUGUUCCACCCGGUAUCUCUUUCUGUCUUUGAGGAGAAAGUGUUUUGGACGGACACAAGCAGCAGUGCCAUUUUUAGUGCGAACCGUCUGACAGGAAAGGACAUCACUGAGCUGGCAAGGGACCUGGACCAGCCAGAGGACAUCGUACUGUACCAAGACCUCCAACAGCCCAUUGGUAAGAACUGGUGCAGCGAGAGCAGCAGUCAGAAUGGAGGUUGUGAGUUUUUGUGCCUGCCUGCUCCUGUGGUCAGCUGGGGGUCUCUGAAAUACACCUGCACCUGUCCAGACAACAUGAACCUGGAAGGAGAUCUGAGGACAUGCGUGCCGGAUAAGAGCCGAUUGGCAACCGAACCCACUGAGGCUCAACCGUCCCACCCAGUCGCUCUCUACAUCAUUUUGUCAAUAGCUGUCCUGUCCCUGCUGGUUUUUGGAGCAGUGAUGCUGUGGAGACACUGGCGUCUAAACAACACCAACACCAUCCACUUUGUCAAUCCUGUGUACCAGAAAGCCACAGAAGACGAGGUGCACAUCUGCAGAAAUGCCUCAGACGGCUACGUUUAUCCUCAGAGACAAAUCCUGAGCAUGGAGGACAUGGACAUCCCAUGACCCAAAGAUGAAGAAAACACUAGUUUUAUUCAUAAGGAUUUAUUUUAUUUAUUUUAUUUUUUUUUUUUUUUGAGGCAAAGAUGAAGCAACAAAGGCCAGUUUUUGUAUCACUGCUGCUGAGCCCCUGGUGACCUGGUGUCUUAAUGCUUCUGACCUCAGCACUGUGCCGUCCAUGUGUGAAGGAAGAACUGAGAAAAACAACACACAGAUCAUCAGACUGUGUGUUUAUACAACUGCAGAAAACCAUUGACCACAAAAUGGUUUUAAAAUGGAGUAGGUGACUUUGGGAGACGUUCCAUCUACUGUGAAAUAGAAGUUUCAUUGUCAAACACAUCUGUACUUCAAUUUAAUACAUUUUUUUUUUGUAUUUAUAGACUUAUAAAUGCCUUAUUGACCCUUCCAACUAUUAAACUCCAGGCACAAAUCACCUUAAUCAAUAUCCGGGCCUUUCAAAAAAUCUAAAUUACAGUGCGAAUCAAUUUGUUACGUUAUUUUAAGUUGUGUUGUGAUCAGUCUCAGGCGUUUGAAUGUGGUGUGAUGAGUGGUUCAUUUUGUAAGAGAUGAAGCUGCUCACUUUUCUGAAGUUGGUCAAAUUGAAGAACUUACUGAUUAAAAUUACAGGGGGUUGCUUUUCAUGAAAUUUAGUAUAUUAUUUAAAGUUAAUGCUGAAGUUGCUUUUUUUGCAUUUGUACAUCAGAAUACUUAAGAUAUAUUAUAAAUACAACAGAUGCCUUUAUUUAUUUCUGUAAAUGUGCUAGAAGAGUCUGAUUGUGGUACUGUUGUUGCACACUGUAAAGAUGGUAAGGGCACUAAUCGGGUCGUCUGAAAUACAAAACACUCCUGAUGUAGUUAGACUAACUUGAAAUUGCUUUUCUGAGUCACAGUCCACAAACAAAUGGAAGUGGAACAUUUAUCCACUUGUUACUGAUCAUGUUCAGGGUCUCCUUGGGGUGGAGAUUUUGCCAGAAGAAAAAGCCCCACUUGUACGUGUGCUUAUCUGAGGACCCCAUAGCAUGAAGGCAGUGACGGUCUGCUACCUCCCCCAGGACGAGACACCAGUCUGUCUCGGGUUACUUCCCCACCCAAGACCCAUGUAGAGUUGAGUGGACGGGGCCAAUGCAGAUGAAGUGUCUUAUCCACAGACACCCAGGACUACAUAUUGGUAGUCCAGCCCUGAUCCCUCUGAGCUACCUGCUGUCCUCAAGGUGGAGGAGCCUUUAAAAACAAAAAUGUUUGGUAAUGUUGGCUCAGAGGGCAGUGCAGGUUAUCCAUCAAGUAAAAAGAUCGGUGGAUCGAUCCCUUACUAUUCCUGCACAGUUUGUCAAAAACCGCAGUAUGAAUACGUUAGUCAACUAUAUUCAUGUGCUAAACCCGUUGUCAGUUUUUCCACAAAUGUCAUAUCAUGAGUUUAUUUUUCAACAAAUGUCUUAUUUUAAGGACAUUGAACUUAAGAUUGUGAGCAGAUUUGCAUCGAUAUCUCAAGUUAGUCAAACCAAACGUGCAGUAAACCUCUAAAUCUAAGAUUACACAAAUAAUGCCCGUCAGUCAGUGCAGCUGUUUGAUUUGUCUGUAUAAGUUCUGUCAAUGUUGUGUUUUUCUGUGGCUGUGUAGGUACACUGUUUGUGUGUGUUCCUACAGUUUGAUGUCGAGCCAUUGCACUGUUCAGCCUUUACAAACUUGCUGUGACAUCCUGUGACCUCAGUGCACAAAUAGUCACACUCCCUCUGACUUCUCUUCUAUGACAAAUGCUUUAUUUUUGUGCGUCAGACUUUUUAUUGUGCAGCAUUUUGUUUUCACUGUGUUAGUUACUGUGCACGUGUGUGCGUGAGCACAAAGUGCAGUGUUCACCGUCAUACCAGAAAUUUGUAGGAAAACGUGCACGGAAGCCUGCUGAAGACAUGCACAGUGCUUUAAUAUUUAAAUUAAGCCAUACUAAUGUGUAUAUUGUGACUGUUUUUAUGAAAUAAAGGAAAAUUUGUUUACUUUUAUG